CGAAUUCACAUACUUAGUCUGGUUUUAAAGGCGAAUCAUUUUAAAGGAAUUAAGUUGAAACCGUUUGGGUGCGUCAUCUCAGCUAACAUUAAUUAAAUCAAAAUGACAGCGUGGAGAGCUGCAGGAAUUACUUAUAUUCAAUACUCAAACGUAGCAGCCCGUGUGUUGCGAGAGGCUUUACGCACUGAAUUGCGUGCAGAUGCUGCCAAAAGAAAUGAAAGUCACGUAAAAUUUACACCGUGGGCGAACGGUAGACCAGCACAUGAAAAGGCCUAAGAGUGUUAAAUCAUUAUAGAUUCCAAAGGGUCUCGCCAGACUUCGAUGGAAUCUUGAAUGUUGUGUAAAGCUUUAUAAAAAUUUCGGUUCAGCUAUUACACUAUGUUUCGGAAUAAGAUAUGUAUGUGUAAACGAAUUCGAAUAAAGCAUAAGGAACCACAACUGUA